GUCAACUCACAGUCAGUCAGCGUGGACUGUGAAUGAACACCGGUCUGCAGGAACAGAGGCUACAAGAACCUUCAGCAACAUAAGACCUGCACUUUUACUAGUAUCAUUCAUUUGAACAGCACAGUUUGCUCUGAGAGGUUAGAGGAUGCACUGCGUUAUAUCCUGGUUUAUUCAUGUGCUUCUGUUCCUUUUAACUUCCUCUGUAUAUCUAAAUGGAUCCUGCUUGGAAUCAGCAGGCAGUAAACCUCCUCGGCCAAUAAUCUCUGAGCUGCGGGCUAAUGUUGCUACACAGAGCCUUGUGGUGAAGUGGCUGGUCAAUCACACUGGUUUAGCAAGGGAAAGCGGUGAUACUUAUGAAAUACAGGUCGGACGCACUGACAACCUCACUAUCGUUCACAACAGUAAAGUGAGUAGCUGUCCUUUGGGUAGUGACUCCACGUUAACAUGGACCUGGGUGUCUACUCUGCCUUUACAAUGUGCUGACCAUUCAAUCAGAAUACGACGUUUCUGCGGCCAUGCAGACCCAAGUGACUGGAGCCAAUGGAAGACAAAUUAUGGUGCCCAAGACACAGUGGACAGAGUUUGGAAAAAGACCAAGAUGUUUCCCUACCAGCAGGUGUUAAAGGAGGGCUCCACUAUCUUGUUCUGCUGUGUCCCUCCUAGAGGCAUCCACGUCACCAAUAUGACCUUCAACUCCACCAUCAGCUACCCCCUGAUCAACAUCACUCACAGAGUCACAGCCAUUGCUGUCCACAACCUAAACAUCACACAAGCAUCCGGCUCCGGGGUGUACUCCUGGUGCGAGGAUACAACAGAGAGGAGGAACACCUACUGCUCCAACUUCAUCAGCUUUUCUCCUCAGAGGCCGGAGAACCUGAGCUGCAGGACUGAGGACCUGAGAACUGUUAUCUGCGCCUGGAACCCUGGUAGACCUGCUAACCUGUAUGAACCCUACAAACGCACACACACCCUUCACAUAAAGAACACUGGUGAGGAUCCUAUUACGUGUGAUGAGUGUUCUUGCAGGUUCCACGCUGUCCCAGGCUUAGAGUGGUAUCAUGUCUCAGUGGUAGUCAGAAACCAGCUAGGAGAGGUGAAACAAAGCUACAGCUUCAACAUCACUGACAGAGUGUUCCCAGUCCCAGAGGGAGUGAAAGUAAGUCCAGGGGUGACUGAAGCCAACGUGUCCUGGGUUGUGAGGGGGAACCUGUCUGGGGUGGAGCUUUUCUGCCAGGUCACAGCAGACCCAGUAGAGCCUAGGAGACCGACAAGCCUGGCUGAAGCAGCAGACCUACAGAGCACAUCCAUGCAUCAGGUGUGCAAUGGAGGCUUGGACGAACGUUGUGAUGUCAGCCUGGAGCAGCUCUCGCCCAACACCCGUUACGCCACCAGGGCGCGCUGUGCUGUGAGAGGGAACCUAGAGGGAGAGUGGACACAACCAACGCACUUCACUACCUACCCCCUGGUGAGGCUGGACGUGUGGAGGAGGGUCAGAUUGCUGUCCCAUGGUCAGCGCAACGUCACUCUGCUCUGGACCCCGCAAUUAAGUGGCUCGGCAUCUAGUGUAAAAAUCCAGGGCUACAAGGUACGCUGGAGGCAGGAGGGGUCCCAGUGGAUCCUGUGGAGGGACAGAGAGCAGACACAGACUGAGAUCUCCAUUGGCCCAGGGCAAUGUGACAUGAUCAUCCAGGCUAUUAUUCAGCCUGGCUCCUCCCCUCCAGGCCACAUCACCAUACCUCCGGUGGAGAGAAUAGAGUAUCUUCGGAAUGCCACGCGUGUGAGUGGCAGUGCCAGCGGAGGCUUCCACCUCAUCUGGAAAGAGCAGGAAGCUGUCACUUGUGGGUACACUGUGGAGUGGUGCACAGUGGGAAGCGGAGUUUCCUGCACUCUGCAAUGGAGGAGGGUGCCAGUGGGAAACACACCAGUGUCCCUACCAGCAGGGGAUUUUAAAGCGGGUCAUAGGUACACCUUUGAUAUAUAUGGCUGCACUGACGAAGGAGACAAACUACUGGGGAUCCGCACUGGCUACUCCCAGGAACUCAAGCCUGUCCAGUCUCCCAGGCUGGUUGAGCCCAUUAGAACAACUUCCUCUUCUGUGACACUGGAGUGGCGUUACCAUGAGGACGACCACUCUCACCCAGGGUUCAUCACUGGUUACUUGGUAACCAUGCACAAGACAGGGUCUCAGAGGUCACCAGGUCAUGUGCCAAGUCCUUUUACCAAGACGGUGGCGGACCCCCACAAUAAGUCUCUAACCAUAGUAGGAUUGCAGGAGCACCAGAAGUACACCUUCCAUCUGAGUGCACUCACUAAUGUUGGACCAGGCCCGCAAACUACUGUAACUGUCAAGACCCAGACAAUCCCCUAUAUUCUCCUGGCUAAGAUCUUAACUCCUCUCCUGCUGCUGCUGGGGCUCGCCAUCCUCCUGUGUCUAUUCUGGAAAAUGCUGAGGAGUUGUAUAGUGGAGCUGUUUGGGUACCCGGCUGGGAUGAACAUCAAACCAAUUGAACUGGACCGCCACCUACAUGAGACCAGUGAGAGGCUGCGGUGUCUCAAGGUGGGGGACUGUGUCUGCAGUGACAUCGAGAUCCUGAGCGUCAGGCCAAACAUGUCAGAGAGGACGCCUCUCAUUCACCCCAAACUCCCCCACCUUUCUUCCUCUUCCACCACCAUUCCCUCCUCUUCAUUCUGCCCUGUGAACCCUUCCUCCUACUCUUCAUCCAUGUCUUCCUCCUUGCCCUCCCUCUCACCUUCCUGCUCAUCCUCUUCUACUCAACACCUGCACCAAAAAGGGUACUGUCCACAGUCACCCACAGAAGUCUGGGAUAGCUCAGUCCAGACAAGCCUCACCAACAGAAGUUUUUUCCCCUCUGUGGGGGCGGAGCAAUCCAUUGAGCUGAAACCAAUCAGAGUCACAGACAGCAGUGACAUCUCCAGCUCACCAAUCAAGCUCUCCAAUCUCAUCACCAGCGAGCCUUCUGAGGGGCCGCAGUUACAACCAGGGGCAUUAUUGGAGAAGAUUGAUGGAUACAUCACCACUGACUCAUUAGUUAAGUCAAUGACUGCAUAUAUGAAUGGACAAAGCCAUUGAUUACAUGACACCAUUCAUUCCUAUGUGAAGACUUAAUAGCGCACUGAAGCCAAAUUAAGUCAGUCAUGUAGACAUACCAUGCUCAGUUUGAGCUACUCCAGGAAGUGACGUUGCAGGGUAGCUUAGUGCUGCCCCUCUCAUUGAGUAACUCAACUUGAAGCCCGACCGGUGUCGGCUGCCACUGGCAACUAAAUUAUACUUCUAAAUCAAAUCAAAUUGUAUUUGUCACAUGCACCGAAUACAACAGGUAUACUUUACCUUGAAAUGCUUACUUACGAGAUCCAAGAUGGCGUAGCAGUCAGACGUCUUUGUCUUUGUCCUGUCCCUUGUAUAUAUAUAUUUUUACAUCUUUUUCUUCACAUAUCUUUUAAAAAUAUCUUCCUAAACAGUAACUUCUAAAUACUAUCCUGCAACCCGCCUCACCCAAUGCGGCGUGGAUCAGCUUUUUUUUCUAAAGCAUUUCUAUAUACUUCGGAUCUGGAAUCCCUCAACUGAAGAUAGCCAGCCAACUACCUACCAGCUAUCAGUUAGCAAACCACUGCUAGCGGUCAUCAGCUAACCUUUAGCUCGGAAAGCUCUCGUCAGUUCGAACAACGUGACUCAAACCAGAGCAUAACGGACCUAUUUCACUCCAUAUCACCGGAUUCCUACCGCAAACUCCAGAUGAACAUUUUCAUCUGGAUCUUCGCAACUAGCUAACCGCAAUCCCGGGUGACCACUCCUGGCUAGCGUUUCCGUCCUGGAGCAAGCACCAAUUAGCCUGAAGCUAGCCCGGCCAGGGCUCCUGUGCUACCACCGAAGCCCACUCCUGGGCUACAAUAUCCGGACCCCUUCUACUACCAGUACGGGGCACGGAACCCCGCCGAUCCUCUACGACUGGAAUACCGACAUAAUCUGCCCGAGGACUCCAACAGGCCCCUCAGGCGUGACGCCCGCUGAAGGCCCAUUCUGCUAACCUGCUAGGCCUGCUAGCUACCUAGAGCUACCUGGAACCCUACUAAUUCCACGACUGGUCUAUCGACGUCACUGCACAAAGAGGAAAAACAGACUUACCCCCAUCGCAACGUCCCCCAAAGGCUAACUUGCUAGCCCCAGUCUGCUAACUGCUAGCUUAUUAGUAUCGGCCUGCUAACUGUCUGAAUCGCUGUGUCCCCAGUCAGCCCAACCCCUCACUGGACCCAUAUGUUCACUUGGCUACGCAUGCCUCUUUCUAAUAUCAAUAUGCCUCGUCCAUUACUGUCCUGGUUAGUGAUUACUGUCUUAUUUCACUGUAGAGCCUCUAGCCCUGCUCAAUAUGCCUACAUAUGCGAUGACAUCACCUGGUUUAAACGUCUCUAGAGACUAUAUCUCUCUCAUCAUUACUCAAUGCCUAGGUUUACCUCCAAUGUACUCACAUCCUACCUAACCUUUGUCUGUACACUAUGCCUUGAAUCUAUGCCAUCGUUCCCAGAAACCUGCUCCUUUUACUCUCUGUUCCGAACCUGCUAGACGGCCAGUUCGUAUACCCUUUAGCCGUACCCUUAUCUUACUUCUCCUCUGUUCCUCUGGUGAUGUAGAGGUUAAUCCAGGUCCUGCAGUGCCUCGCCCCACUCCCACUCCCCAGGUGCUCUCAUUUGUUGACUUCUGUUACUGUAAAAGCCUUGGUUUCAUGCGUGUUAACAUUAGAAGCCUACUCCCUAAGUUUGUUUUACUCACUGCUUUAGCACACUCUGCAAACCCGGAUGUCUUAGCCGUGUCUGAUUCCUGGCUUAGGAAAACCACAAAAAAAAUGAAAUCUCCAUCGCAAACUAUAACAUUUUCCGCCAAGAUAGAACUGCCAAAUGGGGCGGUGUUGCAAUCUACUGCAAAGUUAGCCUGCAGAGUUCUGUAUUACUAUCCAAGUCUGUACCCAAACAAUUCGAGCUUCUACUUCUAAAAAUGCACCUUUCCAGAAACAAGUCUCUCACCGUUGCCACAAGCUAUAGACCUCCCUCUGCCCCCAGCUGUGCCCUCGAUACCAUAUGUGAAUUGAUUGCCCCCCAUGUAUCUUCUGAGCUCGUGCUACUAGGUGACCUAAACUGGGACAUGCUUAACACCCCGGCCAUCCUACAAUCUAAGCUUGAUGCCCUCAAUCUCACACAAAUUAUCAAUGAACCUACCAGGUACAACUUCAAAUCCGUAAACAAGGGCACCCUCAUAGAUGGCAUCCUAACUAACUUGCCCAUCAAAUACACCUUUGCUGUUUUCAAUCAAGAUCUCAGCGAUCACUGCCUCCUUGCCUGCAUCCGUAAUGGGUCUGCAACCAAACGAACACCCCUCAUCACUGUCCCUAAAACACUUCUGCGAGCAGGCCUUUCUAAUCGACCUGGCCGGGGUAUCCUGGAAUGACAUUGACCUCAUCCCUUCAGUAGAUGAUGCCUGGCCAUUCUUUAAAAGUGCCUUCCUCACCAUCGUAAAUAAGCAUGCCCCAUUCAAAAAAAUGUAGAACUAGGAAUAGAUAUAGUCCUUGGUUCACUCCAGACCUGUCUGCCCUUGACCAGCACAAAAACAUCCUGUGGCGUUCUGCAUUAGCAUCGAAUAGCCCCCGUAAUAUUCAACUUUACUAAGUAGUUUUUUGGGGUAUCUGUACCUUACUUCACUAUUUAUAUUUUUGGCAACUUUUACUUCACUACAUUCCAAAAUAAAAUAAUGUACUUUUAACUCCAUACAUUUUCCCUGACACCCAAAAGUACUUGUCACAUUUUGACAGGAAAAUGGUCCAAUUCACAAACUUAUCAAGAGAACAUUCCUGGUCAUCCCUACUGCAUCUGAUCUGGCGGAGUCACUAAAGACAAAUGCUUUGUUUGUAAAUUAUGUCUGAGUGUUGGAGUGUGCCCCGGGCUAUCUGUCCCCGCAAAAAUUGUGCAGUCUGUUUUGCUGAAUAUAAGGAACUUGAAAUGAUUUAUACUUUUAUUUUGUGAUCUAUUUUUGUGAUUACGUUUACUUUUGAUGCUUAAGUAUAUUUAAAACCAAAUACUUUUAGACUUUUACUAAAGUAGUAUUUUACUGGGUGACUUUCACUUUUACUUGAGUCAUUUUCUAGUAAGGUGUCUUUACUUUUACUCAAGUAUGACAUUUGAGUUCUUUCUCCACCACUGAUUUAAAUAAUAUGUAAAUGUAGGUAAGGGUAAAAGUGUCUAGGCAAUCAGGAUAGAUAAUAAACAGCAUAGCAGCAGCGUAUAUGAAGAGUGUGAAAGUGUCUAAGUGUGUGUCUGUGUGGCAUCAAUAUGUAUGUAUGUGUGUGUGUAUUUUGUGUGUGUGAGUGCAUGUAGUGUGUGUGUGUGUGUGUGUGUCUUGGAGUGUCAGUGUAGUAGUUGUGAGUGUAUACAGAGCCAAGAUAAAUGCUAAAUAAAGGGGGGGGGUAUAAUGCAAAUAGUCUGGGUUUUCCAUUUGAAUCAGAGCAGGAGCCUGGGCCAAUUGUGCACCACCCUAUGGGACUCCCGAUAACGGCCGGUUGUGAUACAGGCCGGGAUCGAACCCGGGUCUAUUGAGACGGCUCUAGCACCGCUGCGCCACUCGGGAGGCCCCGGGACAGAAGAUUUUUAUGCACUUCAGCACUCUGUGGUCCCGUUCUGUUAGCUUGUGUGGCCUACCACUUCUUGGCGGAGCCGUUGUUGCUCCUAGAUGUUUCCACUUAACAAUAAAUAGCACUUACAGUUAACCAGGGCAGCUCUAGCACGGCAGAAAUGUGAUGAACUGACUUGACGAACUGACUGCUAAUGUUUGUCUAUGGAGAUUGCAUGUCUGUUUGCUCGAUGUUAUACACCUGUCAGUAACGGGUGUAGCUGAAAUAGCCGAAUCCACUCAUUUGAAGGUGUGUCCACAUACUUUUGUAUAUAUAGUGUACAUCUGGUGUGUUAGAAGCAAUUAUUGGUACCAUGAUUGUCUUCUAAGUAUUAUUUUGUUUACACAAAGACAGACCACGAAGAUUGCCAUUUUUCCAUUCACUAUAAUGUGGGAUCCUGUUUUCUGCAAACAAUGCCUAAAGUACCGCGGUCAGCCUUGAACUUCCGUUCUUCAGUGGGAGGGGGCAGUCGUUCUCCCCUGAGUUAAGUAGUCAGUCUGAUUCUGAAAGGUCAAGGGUCAAGAUCUGUUGGUGGGAUAUUUUGCUGGGAAGAUGACAAGAUGAUGUAUGUACAACGUGUAGGGUUCAAAAACACUUUAAAUAAUUUGAGCUGCUCUGACAAAAGUGGGAUGGACCAAAGUUUUUACUGGGGUUUUUAUGCUUUUAUGGUGAUGUCCUGAUUUGUACUAGUGCCAUGCACCCCAGAGUACUUCCAUUAUUUGAACCUGGACUGUGUGUUGUUGUUUUAGGGCAAUUAAUAAUGUACAUAAUGCAUUCUAUUUAUAUGGUGUAACUAUAUCUCAUGUAAAUAGAUUCACUUUCUCACUUUCUCAGGUGAGAGUAUGUUAAAUCCAUUAGGCAUGUUAAAUCCAUGCCAACAUCACUACCACACCAUUGGCUCCAUGCUCUUAAGCAAAUAUGAUUGUCAGUAGAAAUGUACCCGUUAGCAUUUUGAGGACCUUCAGAUCUACACAGCUUACUCAAUACUCAUGUAACUCAUACUCAUGUUCCUCUCUCCACAUUGUCAAUCUGCAGCGCAGACUUUUGAAAAGGUUGUGGUUGUGAAACCGAGAGAAUAUUGCCUCAACAGGCUGAUUAGCCAACAUCCUCUCAGUAUCAAAUGGAAGAUCUAAGGGGAAAUGGCUCAAUACAAACCGCUGGGGUGAAUGUGAAUCGUAAAUGCAACUUCAAUAAUAUAUUUUUAAGGUCUAUCUAAGCUACUCUAUACUCUCACAUAGGUGCUAGGCUUGAGGGUUAAUUGUAGCCUAGAUUAUUUUUCGUCGUUACAGUUCAUUAACCAAAUAAAUUCAAGUGUUAUUUGACACACGCGCCAAAUACAACAGGUGUAGACUUUACCGUGAAAUGCUUACUUGCGAGCCCUUUACCAACAAUUCAGAGUUAAAAAGCAAGAAAAAAAUGCAAAUAAAGAAAAAAAGGGUAAUAGUAACUCAAUAAAAGAACAAUAACCAGGAUAUAUACAAGAAGUACCGGUACCGAGUCAAUGUGCAGGGGUAUGAGAUAGUUGAGGUAAUUGAGAUAUGUACACUACAGUUCAAAAGUUUGGGGUCACUUAGAAAUGUCCUUGUUUUUGAAAGAAAAGCUCAUUUUUGGUCCAUUAAAAUAACAUCAAAUUGAUCAGAAAUACAGUGUAGACAUUGUUAAUGUUGUAAAUGACUAUUAUAGCUGGAAAUUACAAUUUUUUGUGGAAUAUCUACAUAGGCGUACAAUCAUGAUCUAAACACACCAAGACAGCCGUGAAGAGGGCACGACAAGGCAUAUUCCCCCUCAGGAGACGGAAAAGAUUUGGCAUGGCUCCUCAGAUCCUCAAAAAUGUCUACAGCUGCACCAUCGAGAGCAUCCUGACUGGUUGCAUCACCGCCUGGUAUGGCAACUGCUCGGCCUCUGACCAGAAAGGCACUACAAAGGGUAGUGUGUACGGCCUAGUACAUCACUGGGCCCAAGCUUCCUGCCAUCCUGGACCUCUAUACCAGGCGAUGUCAGAGGAAGGCCCAAAAUAUUGCCAAAGACUCCAGCCACCCUAGUCAUAGACUGUUCUCUCUGCUAGCGCAUGGCAAGUGGUAGCGGAGUGCCAAGUCUAGAUCCAAAAGGCUUCUUAACAGCUUCUACCCCCAAGACAUAAGACUCCUGAACAGCUAAUCAAAUGGCUACCCGGACUAUUUGCAUUGUACCCUCCACCUCCAUUUUUACGCUGCUGCUACCCUCUGUUUAUUAUCCAUGCAUAGUCACUUUACCUCUACCUACAUGUACAUAUUACCUCGACUAACCGGUGCCCCCGCAUAUUGACUCUCUAUCGGUUCCCCCUGUAUAUAGCCUCGCUACUGUUAUUUUAUUGUUGCUCAAAGUUGAUGAAUCCAACAACUGAAAGUCUCUUUCAGCAACAAAUACAGUCAUGGGUGUAACUCUACAAUUUACUUGAAAAGCAAGGCACUGAGAUAUUUACACUAAGCAGUGUGUUAUUUUAACACUGUUCCGGUCUUAUUAAAGAGCUCAGUGACUUUCAACGUGGCGCCAUCAUAGGAUGCCACCGUUCCAACAAGUCAGUUUGUAAAAUGUCUGGCCUGCUAGAGCUGCCCCGGUCAACUGUAAGUACUGUUAUUGUGAAGUGGAAAUGUCUAGGAGCAACGGCUCAGCCUCGAAGUGGUAGGCCACACAAGCUCACAAAUUGGGACCCUUGAGUGCUGAAGCGUGUAGCAUGUAAAAAUCAUCUGUCUUCGGUUGCAACACUCACUACCGAGUUCCAAACUGCCUCUGGAAGCAACAUCAGCACUUUCCUGUUCCUGCAUUAUAAUACCCCCGUGCACAAAGCGAGGUCCAUACAGAAGUGGUUUGUUGAGAUCGGUGUGGAAGAACUUGGCUGGCCUGCACAGAGCCCUGACCUCAACCCCAUCGAACACCUUUGGGAUGAAUUGGAACGCCAACUGCGAAUCAGGCCUAAUCAUCCAACAUCAGUGCCUGACCUCACUAAUGCUCGUGGCUGAAUGGAAGCAAGUUCCCGCAGAAAUGUUCCAACACGUAGUGGAAAGCCUUCCCAGAAGAGUGGAGGAAAUUAUAGCAGCAAAGGGGGGACCAACUCCAUAUUAAUGUCCAUGAUUUUGGAAUGAGAUGUUGGACAAGCAGGUGUCCACAUACUGUUGGUCAUAUAGGGUAUAUCUAUCUCUGGAUAGUGCCAAUACAAUACUGAGAUAUUCACGGUAACUUGAUGUCAGAGCAAUGAAACACAGUGCAAUACAGUAAAGUGACUUUUAUACUGUAAGAAAAUUAUUUCUAUAGUAUUUUACUGUAAUUACAAGGGAUUAGAGUAAGCAGGUUGGCUGUAGGCAUUUGCACAUUACAGCAUAUUAAUGACUACUAGGUGUUUUAUUGCCUUAAUAAAGGCUUCCAAACUGGCUGUGAUUACAGGGCAAAACAGAUCAAAUGGACAUGAGAGAAUAUUCAACCAUUAAAAGGUUUAAAACCCACUACCACUCUGAUCUGUUCCCUAUAUACAUUUAAUUGCUACCACAUAUCACUUAAAUUGGUACAGGACACAUGGUCAAAACAUAUUGACACAACAGUAACUAGGAUGGGGAGAAGUCUUUCCAUAAUAUUGUGCUGCUCUGCAUUCUUAACAGCGCUAUUAUCAAGGCAGGUCCUACAGGCUGUAGUUUUGUUGCACCUGGACUUCUGUUCAGUCGUGUGGUCAGGACUUAGGAAAAGAGAAAUUGGAUCAGAACAGGGCAGCAUGUCUGGGCCUUGGAUGUACACAGAGGGCUAACAUUAAUAAUAUACAUGCCAAUCUCUCCUGGCUCAAAGUGGAGGUGACUUCAUCACUACUUGUAUUUGUGAGAGGUAUUGACAUGUUGAAUGCACCGAGCUGUCUGUUUGAACUACUGGCACACAGCUCGGACACCCAUGCAUACCCCACAAGACAUGUCACCAGAGGUCUCUUCACAGUCACCAAGUACAGAACAAACUAUGGGAAGUGCACAGUACUACAUAGAGCCAUGACUACAAGGAAUUCUAUUCCACAUCAGGUAACUGAUGCAAUCAGUAAAAUUUGAUUUAAAAAACUGAUAAAAAGACACCUUGCGGAACAGCGGGGACUGUGAAGCAACACAAACAUAAGCACAGACACAUACAUAAAAACCCACAAUAACAUACACACACAUACACAUUGUUUUUGUGUUGUAGAUAUUUGGUGGCAGAGUACGGCCCUGAGGGCACACACUUAAUGUGUUGUGAAAUCUGUUGUGAAUGUA